AUGAUGACCACCUAUAUCGUGAGGAGGCUGCUCCUCUUCAUUCCCACCAUUCUCAUAGUGACCAUCAUCAUCUUCCUGUUGAUGUGGAUCGUGCCUGGCGACACGGCCAUGCUGAUCCUCACCGGAAACGAUCCCAACGAGGGCGGCAGGGUCAAUCUGGAGGACAUCGAACGGCUGCGGGCCAAGCUGGGCCUGGACCGGCCCGUCCACAUCCAGUACGCCGACUGGAUUUGGGACAUGGUUCGCGGGGAUCUGGGCGAGUCCCUUUGGUACCAGACACCGGUGAUCGACGAACUGGGAGGACGGUUCCUCACCACCAUGCAACUGGCGGUGAUGGGCAUCUUGAUGGCCUUCGUGGUUGCGGUUCCCCUGGGCAUCAUAUCCGCCGUGAAACAGGACACCAAGCUCGAUUACAUCAGCCGGGCUUUUCGCCUUGCUGGGCAUCGCCAUGCCCACCUUCCUCAUCGCCAUCGUCGUCACCUAUAUUCUGGCAUACGUCUUUGA